GCAGGCGCCGUUGGGCGGCUCAACGGGCGGGAGGCGUGACCGGCGAGCGGUAGGAGGCGUGGCGAAGCGCGGGGCGUGGCCGGAUAUAAAAAGCCGCGCCCGGUGGUGCCGCCGCCAUUCUGAGGGCUGGUGGAGGUUUGGUUGGUCUUGAGAGACGCCGUCGCCUUUACCACGAGAGAAAAAACCAAUACAAACAAUACAAAAUACAAUACAAAACGCGAACAAAACAACAAAAAUAUAUAUAUACAACAAAGAGGGGAAGGAAAAAACCAGGUUUUCUCUCCCCCUUUGCCGUGAAGAGCCGCCGCAGCCUCUCCGUCCUUUGGACCGUCCUUGGAAGCCGUUCCAAACCCGAAGGAAACUGCCACUUUAAAAAACAUAUUUCCCUCUUCUUUCCCCCCAAAAACAAAGGCAAAACCCACUUUUUUUUUCGAGCAGAAAAAAAAAAAAAACCCAAGCAACUUUUUUUUAUUAUUACUAUUUUUUUUUUUUUUUUUGGUUUUCAGUUUAGCUCGAUCCACUCCUUUAGGGCUUUAAAAAACAAACAAAACCCAAGGGAAAAAAAAAAACUUAAAAAAAACCCCAAAAUACCCGUCAAGCUGCAAAAAAAAAGUUGCUGCGUUUUUUUUAAAGCCAUGAUUAAAAUCAAACGAAUUUUUUGGCUCUAACACCACCUCCAAAUGCCAAAAUCCAAACCUUGAAGCGCUGUCGGCUGAGAAAAAAAAUUGGAUAGCUGUUCCUGCCAUGGGCUCGGGCCCCAUCGACCCCAAGGAGCUCCUCAAGGGCCUCGAUUGUUUCCUGGGCCGGGAUGGGGAGGUCAAAACCAUGGACGGCAUCUCCAAAAUCUUCAGCCUCAUGAAGGACUCACAGAAGAUGGUGAGCCGCUGCAUUUACCUGAACAUCCUCCUGCAGACCCGGGCCCAGGACAUCCUCAACAAGUUCAUCCGGAUCGGGGGCUACAAGCUGCUCAACACGUGGCUGACGGGCUCCAAGGCCGCCAACAACGUCCCCUUCCUGCAGCAGCUGCUGCUCACCCUGCAGCACCUCCCGCUCACCGUGGACCACCUCAAACAGAACAACACGGCCAAGCUGGUGAAGCAGCUCAGCAAGUCCAGCGAUGAUGAGGAGCUCCGCCGCCUGGCCUCCAUCCUGGUCAGCGACUGGAUGGGCGUGAUCCGCUCCCAGAGCAGCUCUCAACCCACAGAACGGGAUAAAAAGAAGAGGAAAGAGGAAAACAAAAGCAAAACUCCCGUGCCGGAGAAGCCCCAGGAGACCAAAAAUGAGGCCAAAAGUGAGGAAAUUCCUGAAAAGAAACGGGAAAAACCCAAAUCCCUGCGGACCACGGCCCCCAGCCACGCCAAGUUCCGCUCCACAGGGCUGGAGCUGGAGACGCCGUCGCUGGUGCCGGUGAAAAAAUUAAACUCGGCCUCGUCUGACAAAUACAGCCUGAAACCUGUCCCGGUCAAGAGGCAGAGCGCCCCGACAGCCCCCGGGGAGGCUCCUCUGGCAGAGAAGAAAUACAAACCCCUAAACACGGCCCCGAACGCGGCCAAGGAGAUCAAAGUGAAGAUCAUCCCCCCACAGCCCAUGGAAGGCCUCGGCUUCCUGGACGCCCUGAACUCAGCACCCGUCCCUGGAAUCAAAAUCAAAAAGAAGAAGAAAGUUCUGUCCCCAACAGCAGCCAAGCCCAGCCCCUUCGAGGGGAAGCCGGCGCCCGAGCCCAGCACGGCCAAACCCUCGUCCCCAGAGCCGGCGGCCGCGGAGCCCAUGGACACGGACCGGCCGGGGACGCCGGUGCCCGCCAUCGAGGUGCCCGAGCCCAUGGACACCGGUACGGACUGGGGACAGUUUGGGCUGAUUUGGGUCUCUUUGGGAGAGUUUAGGGUGGAUUGGGGACAGUUUGUGUGGAUUUGGGGACAGUUUGGGGAUGCUUUGGCCCCACAACAAAACAAUCCCAAGGUUUCUUCCCACCAAUUCCAACCUUCCCCCCUCUCAGUGAACGUGAACAAGAUCAAGGACUUUGGCGAGGCGGCCAAGCGGGAGAUGCUGAAGGACCGGCACGCCUUCGAGACGGCGCGGCGCCUCAGCCACGACUCCAUGGAGGAGAAGGUGCCCUGGGCCUACCCCAAGGCCCUGGAGCUGCCGGCGCCGCUCGUCAUCCCCGGCAGCGGCAGCCGCGAGCGCUUCACGCAGGCCGAGCGCGUCAAGGGCAUCCUGCAGGAGAUCUUCCUCUCCAAGGAGAGCAUUCCCGACAGCCCCCACGAGCCCGACCCGGAAUCCUACGAGCCACUCCCACCCAAACUCAUCCCCUUGGACGAGGACUGCUCGGGCGAGGAUGGGGCCUAUCCCGAGGGGCUGGAUCCCGGGAACGCCGCGGCCUCCCCGGAGCCGGGGGCGGGGGCCAAGCUGCCCCCGGUCCUUGCCAACCUCAUGGGCAGCGUCGGGGCCGGCAAGGGCCCCCCAGGACCCCCCCAAAACGCCCCCAUCAACAUGCAGGAGAUCCUCAGCUCCAUCAUGGUUUUUUCCCCCAUUUCUGCAGUUCCCCACGGGCUGCUGGGCCCCGGCCCCAUGAACGGCUUCCCCCCCCCCAAGAUGCAGCACUUCCCCCCGGGGGGGCCCAUGCCGGGUCCCCACGGCGGCGGCGGGGGCGGGGGUCCCGGCCUCCCCCCGGGGCUCCCGGGGGGUCCCCGCCUCUUGGGCCCCCCUCCCCCCCAGCGCGGCGGCGAUUUCUGGGGGGAGGGGCCUGACGGGGGUCGCAUUCCCCACGGGCUGCUGGGCCCCGGCCCCAUGAACGGCUUCCCCCCCCCCAAGAUGCAGCACUUCCCCCCGGGGGGGCCCAUGCCGGGACGCGCCCCCCCCCUUUUGUCUCCCCCAGACAUGUCGAGCCGCGCCGUGUGCCGCCACUUCAUGCUCAAGGGCAGCUGCAGGUACGAGAACAACUGUGCCUUCUACCACCCCGGCGUCAACGGGCCCCCCCUGCCCUGAAACCCCCCAAAAACACCCCAAAAAACACCCCAAAAACCCCCCCGGUUAUGGCUUCCGUGAGGCCUCGGAGGGGGAAAAGUGGGGGGGCAAAGAAGGAGAAAAAAGGGGGAAAAAAAGGAGAAAAAAGGGGGAAAAGGAAAUUAUUGUUGGGGUGUGGUGGGGGUGGGGUUUGGGGAGUGGGAAUUUGGGGGGAAAAUUGGAAAUUUGGGGUAGGAGUUGGAAAAUUGGGGUAGGAAUUGGAAAUUUGGGGGAAAAUUGGGGUAGGAAUUGAUAAUUUUGGGUGGAAUUUGGGGUAAAAAUUGGAAAUUUGGGGUAGGAGUUGGAAAUUUGGGGUAGGAGUUGGAAAUUUGGGGUAGGAGUUGGAAAUUUGGGGUAGGAGUUGGAAAUUUGGGGUGAAAUUUGGGGUAGGAAUUGGAAAUUUGGGGGAAAUUUGGGGUAGGAAUUGGAAAUUUGGGGUAAAAAGUGGAAAUUUAGGGGGGAAAAUGCUCCUUUAAGGAGUGAAAAUUGGAAUUUUGGGUUAGAAAAUGGAAAUAUGGGGUGUAAAAAUUGUAGAUUUGGGGCAGGAAUUGGAAAUUUGGGGCAGAAAUUGGCGUUUGGGGGGAAAAUGCUCCUUUAAAGGGUGGAAAUUUGAAUUUUUGGGGUGUAAAAAUUGGAGUUUGGGAGAAAAUGCUCCUUUAAGGGGCAGAAAUGUGAAUUUUGGGGAGGAAAUCAAACUUAUGGGGUGGGAACUGUUCUUGAAAGGGCAGAAAUUUAAACUUAGGGGGGAAAAUUGGAAUUUAGGGGUGGAAAUCCCUCCCAAGGGACAGAAAUUGUCAUUUAUGUAGCGGAAAUUCAAAUUUUUGGGGUGGAAAUUGCAAUUCUGGGGAGAAAUUGUCACUUUUGGGACAGAAAUUUGAAUUUAAGGGGUGGCAAUUGUAAUUUUGGGGAUGGAAAUCCUUAUUUUUCGGGCAGAAAUUGUCAUUUGCAGGAUAGAAAUUCCAAUUUCUGGGUUAAAAUCCCUCCCCAAGCAGUAAAAUAUUUCAUUUUUGGGGCAGAAAUUGUCUUUUUUGGGGUGGAAAUCCCCCCCAGGAGCACAAAUUUUGAUUUGUGGGGUGGAAAUUUCCCCCUCAGAGGUAAAAACUUGUCACUUUUGAGGUAGAAAAAUCUCAAUUUUGGGAUUUAACCUAUAAAGGGCUUUAAAAAAAAAAAUCUCAAUUUUUGGGGUUUAACCUCUUCAGGCCUCAAAAAAAUUUCAAUUUUAGGGCAAAACCCUUUAAUUUUGGGGACAAAAGUCAUCCCCAGGGGCAGAAAUUUUCAUUUUUGGGGCAAAAAUUCUCAUUUUUGGGACCAGAAUUUUCUUUUUUGGGGCAAAAUUUUUUCAUUUUUUGGGGUUCUAGCACCCUCAGGGCUCAAAAAUUUUUAAUUUUGGGUCAAACCCUUCAAUUUUCAGGACCCAAAUCCCCCCUUGGAGCCUCCCCUCCCCCCCCGGGGGUGC